CAACAAACCACCAACUACUUGCUGACUAAUCUCCGCUACGGAAAUACUCUACCCCGAUAUUCCGUGUGCUCCGUAGUUGAUAGGGAGCGAAUCUUCCGAUUCGACUCUCAAAAUCGCUUUUUAGGGGUACGAGGGUGAGAUAGUUCAGGCUAAUCAAAUUAAAGGAGAUUAUCUUCCUUCCAGAACAUCGCUGGGGAAACCAUUUCAGCGUACUCUACUGUAUAAUACUCCCUACUUCACAUGCUAUUAUAGAGUUAUAGAGUACUUUUAGUACUGCAGUAGUUCAGAAUAGCCCUCUUCUCCUCGCUAGAGUACAUAAUACUCUACAUACUCUUUCUCCUCACCUCCGCCCCGACCCCGUACCCCAAAUUCUGUAAGCUCCACUGGGCAACUUACCUCAUUUGACAUCUUACCUCCGCCUCCGCAUCAACUUCACCACAAACCAGACACCGAUUUACUACUCUCCGGCGACAUUCCGCCUUCACCUCAAUCAUGGUUUCUGCUAGCCAGGCUCUAUACCUUGCGCUCCAUCCUUUCCAAUUGCGCUCAAUUGUCCAAUGGAAGGUGUGGCAUGAUCCAGUCCAUACUCGGGACAAAAAAACAGAAUGCGAAACUCUUCAAAAAUGCUUCGUGCAUCUGGAAAAUACAAGCCGCAGUUUCAGCAUGGUCAUUCAAGAGCUGAACCCAGAGUUGCUCGUCCCGGUCGCUCUCUUCUACCUGAUCCUUCGCGGCCUUGACACAGUCGAGGACGACAUGACCAUUCCAUUAGAGGACAAAGAGCCGAUAUUGAGAGAUUUCCAUAACAUCAUGGAGAAGGAUGGCUGGAAUUUCAAUGGUAACGGCCCAGAUGAGAAGGAUCGUGGUCUGCUGGUGGACUUCGACGUCGUUAUCACGGAAUACAAGAAGGUGAAGCCGGUAUAUCAAGCGAUCAUCAAGGACAUCACGGAUAAAAUGGGCAAUGGCAUGGCGGAUUACGCUAACAAUGCCGAACACAACGUGAACGGCGUCAACACGAUCAAAGACUACGAGCUGUACUGCCAUUAUGUUGCUGGGCUUGUAGGAGACGGCUUGACCAGACUUUUUGUCGAGAGUGGAUUGGCCAAUCCGGCACUUCUCCAACGCCCACACCUGUCCGAAUCCAUGGGACAGUUCCUGCAGAAGACAAAUAUCAUUCGUGAUAUUCGCGAAGACUUCGACGACAAACGGAGGUUCUGGCCAAAGGAGAUCUGGUCGAAGCACGUUGAGAAAUUCGAGGACCUGUUCAAGCCCGAAAACCAGACAGUAGCUCUUGCAUGCAGCUCGGAAAUGGUGUUGAACUCCCUUCGCCACGCGGACGAAUGCCUCUUCUACUUGGCUGGAAUUAAAGACCAGAGUGUUUUCAACUUCACGGCCAUCCCCCAGGCCAUGGCCAUUGCGACACUCGAGCUCGUUUUCCAAAACCCCAAAAUUUUCCACCAAAACAUCAAGAUCACCAAGGGUGACGCGUGCGAGUUGAUGAUCCAGUCUACCCAAAACCUUCGGAUUGUCUGUGGAGUUUUCAAGACAUACACACGAAAGAUUGCCAAGAAGAAUUCACCGACAGAUCCGAAUUUCCUGGAAAUUAGCAUUGCUUGUGGCAAGAUCGAGCAAUUUAUCGAGUCCAUAUUUCCAUCCCAAGACCCUAAGGCUGCCACGCUCGCAGCUACUGACCCAACCGCAGAGGAGGCGGCACAGAAGUCAGAAGCUACGACAGACACCGUCUACCUUAUGGCCGCCGUCCUCGGGACACUUUUCGUUAUUUCUUUCCUGAUGCUUGGUGCUGCAUAUCUUGCAGGAGCAAGAUUUGAUAUUGCUUUCCAGGAGCUCCGUGGAAGUAAGUUAUUCGGUGGCAGCGAGUCAUCGCUUACCCAGGGCGAGCACGUGGAGCUAUAGCUACAUUUAUAAUACAACAUCUUUCCGGGUUAGCGAUACUCAAUUCGGCAUUAACAAACCUGGCAAUGACCUAGAUCAUUGUGGGUAUGUGCAUUUGAUACAAAUCAUCUGUAGGCUUGGGCCCACAUAAACGGAAUAAGUAUCCCGGGGCUUCCUUAUAGUGGUUUGGUCUUCUGAGUUGCCAAAACAUUUAAUUCCUGGAGCAGCGCCUACUUUCAUCAAUUCUGCUCUUGAAAUAGCGAAUAUAGGGGAAAUAUCAAGUAUCCCGUCUUGUGGGAGGGUGGUGUAUUCUGUAACAUAGCGGGUGUGGUCGUACAAGGCAGACGGCGGGCAGGCCCUUUGGUUAAGUUAAUGGCACGAGCGACGAUAACAUAUUGCUACUGCGAGAACCUCUUGAAUGGCUACUAUAGUAAC